AUGGCCUCUCACCCGCCUGGAAGCUGCUGCGUUGUUGGAACCCUUCACGAGGGCGAAACCACCGGCAAGGACAUCAAGGUCGACGGCACCAUCGACGCCUACCUGGCCACGCCUCCUCCCGACAAGGUCCGCGAUGGCCAGGGCAUUCUCUUCAUCCCCGACGUCAUUGGCAUCUGGCAGAACAGCAAGCUGCUGGCCGACAACUUUGCCUCUCAGGGCUACACUGUGCUGCUGCCGGACAUCUUCAACGGCGAUCCGCUGCCGCUGAACCGCAAGGGCGACUUUGAUUUCGUCAAAUGGCUCACCGAGGGCACCGGUGGCAACAACCCUCACACUCCCCCGGCCGUUGACCCCAUUAUUGUGAAGAGCAUCAAGGCUCUCCGGGACCUGGGCAUCAAGAAGAUUGGUGCUGUCGGCUACUGCUUCGGUGCCAAGUACGUUGUUCGUCACUACAAGAGCGGCAUCGAGGCCGGCUUCGUCGCUCACCCCAGCUUCGUCGAGGAGGAUGAGCUCGCUGCCAUCACCGGCCCCCUCUCCAUUGCCGCUGCCCAGACUGACACCAUCUUCCCUACUGAGAAGCGCCACAAGUCCGAGGAGAUCCUCAUCAAGACGGGCCAGCCCUUCCAGAUUAACCUGUACUCGGGCGUUUCGCACGGCUUCGCUGUCCGCUGCGACACCAGCGUCAAGAUUGAGAAGUUUUCCAAGGAGCAGGCCUUUUUCCAGGCUGUGACUUGGUUUGGCGAGCACUUGUAA